AUGAACAUCAUAAUCUUACUGGUGCUUGCUGCUAUUUUAUCAUUGGCUCCUAUGGGGCUUUUCAUACUUUGUUAUGGCGAGAACUAUGUGCUUGCUGAUAAAAUGAAGAAGAUAAAGCUUGUCAACCAUCGCUGGUUGGAGGAUUGUGGCUAUGAGUUGGAGAUGCUGGAAGCUGAGGCAAAAGAUUCUGUGGAUGAAGCUGAAGGCACCAGUAUGAAGCAACCAAGUUAUGAAAAUGCGAAUAAGAGUCCGCAGAAUUUAAAAGCCAGAACAUCCGGGGCUUUUGAAAUGCCCAAAACUGGGGAAGUGAUGAAAAUAUCACAUAAUUUGAGUGACCCUGAAGGUCUCUCAAGCGUUGUCAAUGCUAAAGAUAUCUUAGUAACUCCUGGCCAAAGGAGCAGAGGUGAUCAUGCAUCAGGCUUUGAUCAUAUUUGUGUUUCUGAGGUGCCUCGCCAUCUGGAUGCUAGUGGCUUCAAGGGUGCCCCUUCCAAUGAGUUACUCAAUCCACAAGAGAGAACUCCUGUUUCUACAAGGACGAGUAAUGACUUGGAAUUUAUUUCUAGAAGUGUUGACAGGCCUUCUCAUUCUGAUGCAAAGAUUUACUGUGUUGAGAUAGCACAUAAUGUGUCAAUGAGGAAGAUGAAAGCGAUUAUGGAGCAAGCUGCUCAGCUUGAUGUUGUUGUUUCUAAUAUGCUUACUGGGUUGCGUAGCGAGGAUGAUGAAUGA